CAUCUAAUGAUGCAUAAGAAUCGAAAUCCUCUCGUCGACCGAUUUGGCACGUAGAAAAAAAUUCCCUUCGCAUAAUACCUUAAUUAGGAUGAAUUAUCGUCAAUCUGCAUGAAACAGUAGGGGAGACGCAAACCUAAUAGAUUUGCACGCAUUUCGCCGCAGUUACUGUUGCGUGAGGUAUGAAAGGUAUGAAAAAGGAAUUCUCGUUCAUAUUGCUGCUGAUUGUUUUGUGCUUUCACGAUGCCCAGUGCCGCAGGGGCAGGGCCAGGUCCAGGACCAAGUCUAAGUUUCAAAUCGGCUUGCCCAUAACUGGCAAAUACAGGGACCCGGAAUCCGAUCAAUAUUACAACAACAACAAUGGGGCAAAAAUCACCCUGGCAUCACAUUUCGAUUAUGAAUACGUGCUGGGUCAUAAGAUCGCUUUUCUCUGCGUUGCAAGAGGAAAUCCGAGACCUCACAUCACCUGGUAUAAAGACGGCAGCGAAAUUUUUACUCACUUAUAUUUAAACAUUCACGAAUGGAGAAUUGGGAAGGAUAAGAUAAAAAGUAAGCUGGAAAUAGAUCCGGCCACCCAAAUGGACGCGGGGGUUUACGAGUGUACCGCAGAUAACAUGUAUUCAAUAGACAGAAGAUCGUUCAAAACCGAUUUCAGCAUUGCUUUCGACUAAAUCUUCUAGAUGCGUAAUUUAUUUUUUAUUAUUGUGAUAGGUAUUCCUUAAAAUGUAAUAAACCUGAAGUUAAUGUGCGA